AUGGCACUAGUAGCUUCCAAGAACAUCGAGAAGAUGACAUCCGAGGAUCAUCAAACCCAUAUCGGCAAAGCUAAUGCUAAAACGAGUGGAGGGAAAGAGGAUAAGAGGGAUGAGGGCAAGAAGGAAGAGCCAUCCCAACGUGGGGAGAGCAGUAGUGCCUCCAGUGGAAGUGGACCUUCUCAUAGCACUCAACGGGCAAGAAAUCACAAGAUCGCUCCCAAAUCAAAUAGGGAUGCUACCCACAAUGACGACUCUGAUCCUUUCGACUGGGAUCCUGACGCCGAGAGUUUUGUGGACCGUGAUGGCCAGCCUGUCAUUAUUACCAAACCGCAGCCUACGAAGCUAUCUGAUGAUCCGGCAGAAGAGAAGACUAGAAGCGAGGCCGCCAAAGCCAAAAGAGCAGAGGAAGAGGAAGAAGAAAAGAAAGAAAUUAUGGCAGAGGAAGCUGCUAGACAAAAACUUCUUGCUCAAGGCAGAGAAGAGAACCGAAAGAAACGCCAUGGUGGAUCCAAUACACAGCGACCACCAUCUAUUGAAAGACAGUGGCGCCAGCUAUACACUAAUGUUAAGACAUGGUGGGGCAACGACGGAAAACCAUUGGGCCGUACGCAAAAAGCGCCAAUUCAGAAGAUUCAAGAGCGAAUUGAGAAAGAAUGUGAGCGAAUUGUGAAAGAAAACUACAGUGACGCUGGUGACGUUGAGCGGGAGAAGAAAAAUCUGCUCAAGGAGUAUAGAUUUCCGGUGGAGACGUUGCACGGUUUAAUCAGCACAGCUGCCGUUGCCCUUCAUGAUGUGCAGGAAUUGGAACAGAACGGGAGUGAGAAAGAGAAGGAAGCGCUUGCUGAAGAGCAAGAAUCACUAGUAAAAGGCGUUGCGAUCCUGACUGAGUUUUUGAAAGAACACCAGAUUCCAGCACAAUGCGUGGUUACUCAACAUGCUCGAGAGAUGUUCGAUACUAUCGUGAACAGGAACGAAAAAACACGUACGCAGUAUGUGAGCACUAUUGAAGAAUUGAAUAGGCCUACUUCCGAUCAGCAGGAUGCGUGGACUAUAGCGGUGCCGGAGAUGAGGAAGGCUCUCAACGUAAUAGAUAUAGACGACCGGACUUCUGCUAGUGCUGGAAAACUCCAAACUCACAUCAACGCAAUGGAAAGCCAGAAUACAAUUCUAGAACGCCAGAACACUGAGCAAGGCAUCGAAGCCACUACAAACAGCCUGCCAUUAGCUUUUUUCCAGAGGAUGCAACAACAGUGGAUAAAUGGUGAGCAGGAAAAGCUAAAUCAUACCCGGACUGACCUUAUAAAAACGCUCAAAAGUCAGAGCCUUGCCAAAAGCCUUGAUCCAAGCUUACUGAAACAAACGAAUGGCAAGAUGGAAGCGAUGGAGUAUAGUUCCAACCCUUUGAACACAACUGAGCCGUCGCUAACUGAAUCUAGUAUACGUUCUCCUCCGUCUACAGGAGUUGAAGAAACUCCUAGUAGCAGCGAACGCCUGGCAAAUUCGAAGCCAGAAUAUUCUGCGAAAGAGAAAGACUAUCUGUCAAUGCAAUUCGGCGAGGUGGAUGUUAUAAAGAUGCCUGACUAUAGCGACGGGAAGACAGAGUUUGGAGAUUUAGUCGCUACCAGAUUGUGUCGAACUGGCAACCCCAGAUUCAGUCGAUUUAUACUCCGUGCUGGCACUGAGAAAUCAGAGCAUUACCAAGUUAUUCGAGGAAGCGACUUAGGUCCUGGCGGUGCGGAAGCACUCCAAGACUAUGAUGACGGAUCUUCCCAUUUCACAUUCGAUCUCUGGAAAAGGAAGAACGAACUCAAGACGAACGGAAUCGAGGCAAUAGGUCCAUGUGUAGUGAUGUGUCGAGCCGAGGAUUACAAACCAGGAUCCAGGACACGUCGGCCAGAUACCUACGUAAAGAUCAUGUACAUUGAUAACACCAUCGAUUGGGUGACUCGAACGGAAAUGAUUCAAUUGACCGGUAAGAAGUACGCAGAGAAAAAACUAGCUAUAUUGGAAGAAGGUUACAAAGAAAAGACAAAGUUCCUCGAGGCGCACAAGAAAGCAGGGCUACAUCCAGAUACAAAGCAGCCAUUAGACCCAAAAGAUCGUGGAAGCACACCGUGGCUUUUCCUCGAAGGCGGGAUGCCAGGCGGCAUAGACGCCAAAAGUACAGAUAAUGAAGAGGAUCUAGAUGGUGAUAUGAUGGAAGGGAUUGAAAUCAGACUGUGA